AUGUAUGUAUGCUUUGAGGCUUGCAAGAAAGGUUUUCAACACUGCAGAAGGUUCAUUGGGCUGGACGGUUGCUUCUUGAAAACCCCCCAAGGUGGACAACUGUUGACUGCAGUCGGAAGAGACCCAAAUGACCAGAUUUUCCCCUUAGCGUAUGCGGUUGUGGAGGCGGAGAAUAAGGACUCUUGGGUAUGGUUUCUCCGUCACCUGUCCGAUGACUUAGGCCCACACAAUAUUGCAAAGUGCACGUUUAUGUCUGAUCAGCAAAAGGGCUUAUUGCCGGCAUUUGAAGAGGUCAUUCCAGGUGUGGAUAACAGGUUCUGUGUCAGGCAUCUCUACAGCAACUUUAGGAAGAAGUUUCCUGGUUUAGAGCUAAAGAACAAGAUGUGGAGGUGUGCUAAAGCAAGUCAUUGGCAGAUCUGGGAGAAGGAAAUGAAAACUUUGCGACUUCUGAAUGAGGGAGCAUUUAGACAUCUGAAUGGCAUUCCACCAAGGUUCUGGUCAAGAUCCAGGUUUACCUUCCUAUCUAAAUGUGACAGUCUUGUUAAUAACAUGAGUGAGAGUUUCAAUUCUGUGUUAGUAGAAGCAAGAGAAAAACCAAUUGUGAGCAUGUUAGAGGAUAUUAGGAUUUACAUGAUGACUAGAUGGGCUGCAAAUAGGGAAAGGGUUCUUAAUUAUCCAGGAAACAUUAUGCCAAUGAUUUGUAAGAAAUUAGAGAAACGGGCAAGCUUAGCUAGGGACUGGAGGCCUUACUGGUCAUCUGCUAGCCAAUACGAGGUCAUGAGUGGUCUAGAUAAGUAUGUUGUGGAUCUGGCAGCUGGUGAAUGUUCUUGCAGGAAUUGGCAACUUAGUGGGAUUCCUUGUCCUCAUGCCAUCAGCUGCAUCACCUUCAAGGGCCUUAAUUUGGAGUCAUAUGUGGAUGAAUGCUACAAGAAGGAGGCUUACAUCAGGUGCUACGAGGCGGUGAUACACCCUGUAAACGGCCCGGAGCUAUGGGAGAGGACUCAAUAUGAUGAUGUCAUCCCACCUCCUUACAGGAGGCCAAGCCACAGACCGGUGAAGAAGAGGAAAAGAGGGGCUGCAGAUGAAGACUUUAGAAGCCAGACUCAUAUGUCACGGAGGGGAGAAGUCCAAAGAUGCUCCAACUGUGGUGGAGUUGGACACAAGAAAAGCGGCUGCAGCCUUCCUAAGAAGAGGGCCCAAAGUUCAACCAACAGAGCUAAGAAGAAUGCAGCUAAGCUGGCACCUGGUCAGACAGCUUGGGGAGGGAGAAAGAGGACUACUACACCAUCACCAUCCAAUCUGCCAGCAUCUCAUACCAGGAAAAACCCCACAAGGCCCAAGAAACGUGAAGCCCGGCCCACCACAGAAGCACCUCAGCCCAAGAAGGCUUCCACCAAGCCCAAGAAAGCUUCCACUCAGCCCAACAUCCUGGCCCAGCCCAAGAACAAGGCUGCAUCUUCUGCAACCUCCACCAGCAACAAACAGCCUCCUAGCCAGCCAUCUGUGAGGAAGAAGCCCUUUUCUAUCAUUCAAUGCAGUGCACCUCAUCUACCCAUGCAGAAGCUGAGGUUGAUGGCCAAGUUACCCCCAUCUCAGUGGGGAAAUCUUUAG